AUGGCCAAGUUGGAGAUUCUUCUCUUAGUCCUCUAUGCUCUGUCACAAGCCACAGCGUGCUUCCAGCUCAUCAGCCCCUCCAAGUGGGGCGCCGCCCCGGCCAACUGCUCAGCGCCGCUGAAGAGCACUCUGGCCGAAUACGUCAUCAUCAUCCACACGGCCGGCACGGAAUGCAACACCCGAGCCGAAUGCAGCAGGGAAACCAGGAACGUGCAGGACUACCACAUGGCCACCAAAGGGUGGUGCGAUAUCGGCUACAGCUUCCUGAUUGGUGAGGAUGGAUAUGUCUACGAAGGGAGGGGCUGGCGCAGCGAAGGAGCUCACACCUAUGGCUACAACGACCUGUCUCUUGGCAUUGCUUUCAUAGGGACCUUUACAGAGAGGUCUCCCAAUGAAGCCGCGUGGAGAGCCUUGAAGUGUCUGCUCCAUUUCUCCGUGAAGAUUGGCUACCUGGAUCCUGACUACCUGCUGGUCGCCCACAGUGACAUCAGCAACCUGAUCUCACCGGGAGAACCCAUCCGGCGGGAGAUUGCUAAGUGGCCACAUUAUAAGCACCACUGA